UAUUUCCCAAGACCAGGAAACACGUAAUGGGAAGGAAACUGAAACUUAACUCUCUGUGACUUACAUUGAGAAGAAGCUCCUUCGGUACAAUGGCAGAAGCCGGCGUUUCAGUGGAUCAGUUCAGCUGUCCGGUGUGUCUGGAUGUGAUGAAGGAUCCAGUGACCAUCCCGUGUGGACACAGCUACUGCAUGAGCUGCAUUACUGACUGCUGGAACCAGGAGGAGCUGAAGAACACUGAGAAGAUCUACAGCUGCCCUCAGUGCAGACACACCUUCAGCCCCAGACCUGCUUUAUUCAAGAACAUAGUGUUUGCUGAGAUGAUGGAGAAGCUGCAGAAGACGAAAGUUUGUGCUGCUGCUGGAGCUGGAGACGUGCAGUGUGACGUGUGCAGAAAACACAGAGCUGUUCAGUCCUGUCUGGUGUGUCUGAACUCUUACUGCCAGACUCACUUUGAGCGCCAUGAAGAGUUCCACCCCGGUAAACGGCACACAGUGAUCGAAGCCACCGGGAAACUGCAGGACAUGAUCUGCAAAAAACACCACAAGCUUCUGGAGGUUUUCUGUCGCACUGAUCAGAUCUGCGUUUGCAUGCUGUGCAUGGUGGAUGAACACAGAAAUCACGACACUGUGUCCACUGCAUUACAGAGGACGGAGAAAGAGACUGAGUUGAAAGAGCUGCAGGUGAAAUGCCAACAGAGGAUCCUGCAGAAACAGAAAGAGCAGCAGCAGCUGAGAGAAGCCGUGACAUCUCAUAAACGCUCCGCCAAUGCAGCGGUGCAGGACUGUCAGAGGAUCUGCUCAGAGCUCGUCAGCUCCAUCGAGAGAAGCUGUGCAGAGCUGAAAAAGCAGAUCAGAGAUCAGGAAAAGACGGCAGUGCGUAAAGCUGAAGGAGUCUUGAAGAAACUGCAGGAGGAGAUCGAUGAUCUGAGGAGGAGAGACGCAGAGAUGAAGCAGCUCACAGAAACACAGGAUAACAUUCAUUUCCUGCAGAGUUUUCAGGCUUUGUCUGUUCUUCUUGGAGAAUCUACAGACCACACAGCGCUGGAGAUGACUGUCAGCGCUCAUCCGCCUUUUCAUUACGUGAAAGAAUCUCUUUCUGCCAUGAGGGAGAAGCUCGAUGACUUCUGCAGAAAUGAAUUGAAAACUAUUUCUGACAGAGUGAAAUGUGUGGAGAUCAUUCCCUCACCCUCUCCUGAACCACAGAGCAGAGAGCAGUUCCUGCAUUACUCCUACCAGCUGAAACUGGAUCUGAACUCAAUAUGUCGAGCGCUCGGUCUGUCUGAAGGAAACACUGAGAUCUUUCAGGGUGACACGUGGUAUGAAUAUCCUGAUUAUCCAGACAGAUUUGACUACUGGGACCAGGUGCUGUGUACAGAGAGUGUGUGUGGACGCUCCUACUGGGAGAUUGAGCUGAGUGAAACUGGUUCUGUAGAUAUCGCUGUGUCAUAUAAGAACAUACGCAGGAAGGGUGAUUAUAAUAGGAGGGAGUGUUUAUUUGGAAAUAAUGAUCAUUCCUGGAGUCUGGGUUUCAGCAGAUACCCUGACUUUUCCAGAUGCACAUUCACUCACAACAGCACAGUGACUGCACUCCCUUUCAUCCCAAAAUCCCGUAAAAUAGGAGUGUAUGUGGAUCACAGAGCGGGAACUCUGUCCUUCUACAGCGUCUCUGAUAAAAUGAGCCUCAUCCACCGAGUCCGGACCACAUUCACUCAGCCGCUCUAUCCUGGAUUUAGAGUUAUCUAUGGGACGUGUAUGAAACUGUGUGAUUUAUCAAAAUAGAGGUAUCUUAAAGGGGAACUGUUAUGCAGAAAUCUUGAUGAAUGAUGAAUUCUUGAUUCUUGAUGAAUGAAACACUUUGAUUGAUGUUCUCCCUUUGUACGUGUCAUCAGAGGGGCGGAAGCCAAGCCUUUAUCUGUCCCUCAUUAGCAUAAUCAGCCCUGAGUGAGAAGCAGCCGUCUGACGGGAGUUUUGAAUCAGCCACUAUGGUGGCGCACAUGCAUUUAUGGCUCUAACAAGAGCACAAUCUCAUUUGAAUUGACGGUGGGAAAAGCCAGUAUAAAAUAAUGUAUGAUGUUUUAAAUAUGUUUAAAACUGAGCGAUUUAUCAAAAUAGGGAUAUAUUAGAAUAUAGUUGAAGUCUUAAAGGGGUAAUUCAUCCAAAAAUGAAAAUUCUGUCAUCAUUUACUCUCCCUUUAGUUGUUCCCAAACACAAACACAGAAGAUGCUUUAAAGAAAGACCGUUUGGGUGAGAAUGUCAGUUUCCAGAAAAGAGAAGAGAAAUUAGACUUUUCAUAAUUGAUUUGGAGAAAGGUAGAGUUUGAUUAGGAAUUAUUCGCCCUCCUGUUAAAUCCUAAUUCUUUUAUAUUUGUAUUUUUACCAUUUUCUAUGUAAU